CCGAAAAGUGGCGUUCGACCGUCGAACGGAUAGAAAUUAGAAUCGAAAAAAUUUUCCAACCUCACGAAUACAUAUAUAGAUCUUUAUCAUAUGUAUACUAGAUAGUUACUUUAGUUACUUUUUGUUACUUUUCGUUAUAUUUUGUGAAGUGAAAGUUGCAACUAAAGUUGGGAAAAUAUAUUUCUCGAACACCCUUGGUUUCGAAAAAGUAAAAGUCAAUAAAUAAUUGCGAAAUCGGAAAACUCGUGUGCCCACAUAUACAGACGCAGAUAUUUUCACCGCCCCAGUAUUGGUGCCAUAUCAAUUGGAAGCGAUCGGUGGAUCAUUGGGUUUUCUUUGUGCCGACAAAGAGUCUUUAUUUCUUUCGAGAAGGAAAGUCGCAUUAAAGCGAAUCGUAAAUUUAACGCUCGCCAGGCGAGGACCAUCCCAUCUAAAUAAGAAUCUGCAUCGGUAAACAGAUCGUCACAACAUCGUAUACCUUUGUUCUUUUCUCGGGGGAAAAUGGGAAAUGCCGAGUCCGCACAGUCUGCAGAUGAUACGCAGAUGCAGGUGCAGCAGGCCACCGAUGACGAGCCCUGGUGGAACAACAUCGAGCACGAGAAUCUGGUUCUGGAACAGGCUCCUCAAGCGGUAGCUACAAGGAAAACGGAGGACAAGGAGGAAGUGCCCCUUAAAAUUAAAAAGGAACCUCAAGUUUCUAUUAAAAUGGAGGAAAAGACUAACGAUUCUCCGGAAAAAGAACAGACCCUCGAGGAGUUCAGGGAAGAACUACGUCAGAAAAGGGAGGUUCGGCAAAAUGCAGUCCAGGAUAUGAGAGAUGAAAUAGCCAAUCUUAAAAAACAAUUAGCCACAGAACAAGCUGAAAACCGACGCCUGAGAAGAGAUGAAAAUUCAGAGGAUGCAAAAACAGAAAAUCCCAGUAAUCCAAACUCCGAUCCAGAUGAUGAGAAUCCCAGUGCCAGGAGUCGUCAUGCCAAUAUCGAACUGGCCAGUGCCCAGUUGGCCUUGCAGCAGGCUCAGGCCGAGAAUCUCUCGUUGCGCGGGGAGGUGGAGGUGGUGCAACGCCAGGUGGGAACCCUCAAGGAAGUCAUCUCCUGCUGCAAGCAAAUGCUGAGUGUCAAGGAGGAGCAGUGUGCCCAGCUCAAGAUGAAACUCACGCAAAUCGAGAACUCCUUUAGCGAGCGUGAAAUGAAGAUUAUGUCCAAUAAUCUCCGCCAGGAGUACGAGCGCCAACUGGUGAAUAUCCGCCAGUUGAGGCAACUCUAUGAGGAGCGCCAGAGGGUGGCAGCUGCCGAGUACGAGAAUCUGCAGAGGCUAAUCUCGAUCAAGAGGGAUGAACUCACCGCCGAGCAGGAGAAAACCAAGAACUUCGAGGAGCGCAAUCAGAGCCUUUUAAAGGAAGUGGAGACGGCCAACGAGGAGCUGGCCAAGCUAAAGGAGGAGUGCAGCGAGCACAAGUUCGAGAAGCGUCUGCUCAGCGAGCAAGUGGGAGCAGUCAACAAGCUCUUCAGCCAGCUGAUUAUGGGCUUCAAUGGCAAGAGCAACAUGGACAUCGAUCGCGUCAAUCGAAUGCUGGAGGAGAACCGCCAGCUGCUCAAUCAAAUGACCCAGGCGGAGGGCAACUGCAGCGACGGGGCCACUCUGCCCAAGCUGCUAUUCGAGCUCGUGGAGCAGGCCACUGGUCAUGGGGAUUCCUCCGCCGGGGAAUCGGAAUCGGACAAAAGUCGCAGCGUCACUCCGACUCCCACAAACGAGGACACCACGGACAGUUGUCAGCCAGGAGGAGUCAUCAAAAAAUACCGGAAAAGGAGUUCGGAUGUGGAUGUGCAGGCUGCUGCUGCCUCUGCCACUGCGUCUUCGUUAAAAAGCCAUGAGCCCGAAAUUAUGGGAAAAGUUGCCUCGGCCCAAGAAAUCAUUGGCAACUUGCCAAAAGUUUGGAAAGUGUUGAUGGAGCUCUUGAGCCACCACAAAAUCGAGCGCGUGCAGUUCGAGGAGCUGCCAUCCUGCAGUGCCAGUGCGACCUCAAGUGCGGCCUCCUCCUCCGUAGGAGCAGCCUCCUCCUCCGCCGCAGCAGCAUCCGCAUCCCAUGCCCCCGGCAAGGACGAAGGGGAGGCCCACCGCAAGCCACCGGAGCUUAGCGUCAGCAAGACCUACAUCAAACUGAAGGACCUCAUCCUGGAGAAGAAGUCGCUGGUGAAGGAGACCAACCGCCUGAAGACCCUCAACAGCCACCUGGACUACCGCCUCAACCAGCAGGAGAAGCGGCUGAGCGGGGUGAGCCUGGAGCUAACCAAGACCUGGCACCUGGUGGGCAAGAUGCAGCGCCAGCACCGCCAGCUGCACACGCAGGAGCAGAUCCUGCGCUACCAGCUGCAGCAGAAGAGGCGCCUGCUAAGCGAGCUCAAGGACGAGCUGGAGUACUGCCGCCGGAAGUGGGCCUUGGCCAGGGCCAAGAACGACGAGAGUCAGGAGCAGUGCGACGAGUGGCGCAGGGAGUUUGCCCGCCGGAAGCUGGAGGAUGCGAAUCACUCGGCGGAGAGUGGCUACAGCGAUUCGGGACCUCAGUCGGAUGAGGAGCACCCUGCCGUAGAGGCCCCCACUUCAUCGGCCGUCUGUCGCAGGAAGCUGCUCAGGGAUCAAUUCGAACAUACCCGCAAGAUUAAGCGGAUGCAGAGUACCUCACCUGGUCGCCAGGGAUUCACAGGCGAAGAAAGCGAGGACACCGAGGACAUAGUUCUGCGCUGGAACAGUGCUCCGCCCACUUGUGGCUGGAGGGAAGAGGCUCCUUACGCCGCAGAAGAAGGGGAAGAGGCUCCAGAUGAGGAGCCCGAGGAAGAUGGGGCGCAUGGUGGCCUUCCAAAGGCGCCGCACAGAUCCAGGAGCAGGCAAAGAAGUCAGGCAGGAACCUCCAGCCGCAUCCAGAAGCUGGAGGAGCAGUGCAAAAACCUCAUCCAGCAGGUGCUCGAAACCUCAGGCAAUCGCGAGCGCCUCGAGAUUCAGUUGUGCCAGUUCCAGGACGACAUCUCGCCCGCCCAGCACGCUGUGCCGCUGGAGGAGUUCAUCAACAGGAAGCGCAUGGAGCGCAUGACCAGGGCCAGUUCGGCACCAGCCACUGGGAGCCUCACUCCCCGCGAGGAGGAGUACACCAGGAAGAGAUCCGAGCGGCUGGGACGCCUGGAGGAGGAGUCGCGCCAACUGAUGUCCCGGAUUAAGCGCACCGCCGACCGAGGACAGUAUCUUAAGAAAUCUCUGGACCGGAUUAGGAGAGCGCCCAGUCGAGAGGCGAGCUUCGAAAGCAAUACGGAGGAGGAGGCAACCAAAACCGAAUCUCCUCCAGCUGCAUCUCCAUUAACAGCUGAGGAAGAGGAAUACACGGCCAGGAGGUCGGCGAGAAUUCAGCGUUUGGAGGAGGAGAGUCGCCAGUUGAUAGCACAGCUCUCGAGGAACACGGAACGCGGCGAUAGGUUGGUCACCAAAAUGGACACCCUACACGAGCAGCAUGGUGCGAAUCCUCCGCAGGAGCAGGCUCAAACCUCCGCCAGCAUCUCGCAAACCGUGGAGCAAAGAUUAGAGGACAUUGAGAGGGUGUCGGCCAACAGAGCCGAACGUCUCCGUCUGCUGGAGGCCCAGGGAAACGAACUGAUAGCCAGGUUAAGCUCUACGUCCGAAAGGGGAACCGCUAUGAUCAACAGGAUUGCGGAAAGGGAAGCUACGCGGCGACAGGAGGCGGAACUUGUGGAGCAAACAGUGCCCACAGAAGAGGCCACCAGUUCGGUGAACACCAUAGCCAGCACAAGGAUUGUCGGUGAGCCGGAGGACGAAGUGGAGGGAGCAGCUUGUUGCGUAACCGUCACCACCACACCAAGUAGGUUGGCCAUCAAACUACAAUCCACCGGAGCCAUCCCCAAGAUACCCAGUACUAUGAAGGGCGGACCUCAAUCCCAGUUAUGUGCAGCCGCUCGACAGGAUGAUGCGGCCAAGAAGAGAUCCUCUGGAAAGGAAGGCGCCGAGAAGGAGGCACCCGAAACCCUCGAGGAUAUGGUGCAGCGACUAAGAGCGCUUCCUUUUCCAGAGCAAACUAAGGAAACCUCUUUGGAAACCCCUAAUCAACAGGAUGAAGAGAUAUUGGACCUAGAAGAAAAGGUUCAGGAAGAAGAAUCACCAGCUGAGCAACAGGAACACUUGGAUGAAGAACACUGAAAGAUGUUCACUAGAAUUAACUUCGACUACCAAAACUCGCUUAUAAAACUGCUUAGGACCAGUGAAAAAACACAGACAGGUUUUGUUAAUUGUAAUAAUGUACUACAAA